GUUCUGCAAAGUUUCUUCCUUUCUUCACCGGAGCGAUCCAAACGCCACCAGGGAUCGAUGAUCCGUCGAAUACAACCACACCGUGAUGCAGCCUCACCCGGUUCAGUAUCCUCCGCACUAAUCCUGGCGAUGAGAGUCUCCAAAGAUCUUCGCCGGACGUUUUGCUCCGUUUCUCCCCUCAUACGCACACUCCCGCCGGAAGAAUCCGACCCGAACAGCAUCCCACACCGUCUCCUCUCAAUCCUCACCAAAACCAAUUGGCACAAGUCUCCGUCUUUAAAGCAAAUGGUCCCAUCGAUACGCCCUUCCCACGUCUCAUCCCUCUUCUCGCUCGAUCUAGAUCCCAAAACAGCUCUCAACUUCUCCCACUGGAUCUCGCAGAGCCCCAGAUUCAAGCACAGCGUCUACUCCUACGCGUCUCUCCUCGCUCUCCUCGCCAACAACGGGUACGCGGAGGUCGUGUUUAAGAUCAGGUCGUUGAUGAUUAAGAGAUGCGAAUCUGUAGGAGAUGCUCUGUUCGUGUUAGAUAUAUGCAGGAAGAUGAAUAAAGACGAGAGCUUUAAGCUUAGGGUCGAGUGUUACAACGCGUUGUUGAAUUCGUUGGCUAGAUUUGGAAUGGUUGAUGAAAUGGAGAAGCUUUAUAUGGAGAUGCUGGAGGAGGAUGAGGUUUCUCCAAACGUUUACACUUAUAAUAAAAUGGUUUUUGGGUAUUGCAAGGUGGGGAACAUGGCUAUGGCGAAAGGGUACGUGAGUAAGAUAGUUGAAGCUGGAUUGGAGCCUGAUUUUUUCACUGAUACGUCUCUGAUCAUGGGUUACUGUCAGAGAAAGGAUUUGGAUUCUGCUUUUAAGGUUUUCGAGGAGAUGGCUUCGAAAGGUUUUAAAAGAAACGAGGUGGCCUACACUCACCUUAUACACGGUCUUUGCGUGGCGAGGAGGGUCGACGAAGCGAUGGAGCUGUUUGCGAAAAUGAAGGAGGAUGAUGGUGAUAACUGUUAUCCAACGGUUCGUACUUACACGGUGCUUAUAAACGCCUUGUGUGGAUCAAAACGCAAGUCCGAAGCUCUUGACCUGCGCAAGGAGAUGUUGGAGAGAGGCAUUACUCCGAAUAUUCACACUUAUACGGUGCUUAUCAGCAGCUCGUGUAGUGAAUGUAACUUCGAGGAGGCGAGGGAGUUACUUGGCGAUAUGGUGGAGAAAGGGUUGAUGCCUAAUGUAGUCACUUACAAUGCGCUGAUCAAUGGGUAUUGUGAGCAUGGGAUGAUGGAAGACGCGCUAGACGUUGUGGAGUUGAUGGAGUCGCGUAACGUUAGACCGAAUACAAGAACUUACAAUGAGCUGAUACAUGGGUUUUGUAAGAAGAAUGUGCACAAAGCGAUGGGGGUGUUUAACAAGAUGCUGGAGCGGAGAGUGGCUCCUAGUGUCGUCACUUACAACUCGUUGAUCGAUGGACAGUGUAGAUCUGGUAAUUUCGAUAGUGCGUAUAGAUUGCUUAGUAUGAUGAAUGAUAGAGGAUUGGUUCCAGAUCAGUGGACGUAUAAUAGUUUCAUAGAUUCUUUAUGUAAAAGAAAAAGAGUAGAAGAAGCUCGCGAACUAUUUGAUUCUCUCGAGGAGAAAGGUGUAGUUAAUGCAAAUGUUGUGAUGUACACUGCGUUGAUUGAUGGAUACUGCAAGUCAGAUAAACUAGAAGAAGCUAAACCGGUCCUCGAGAAGAUGCUGAGCAAGAGUUGCUUGCCAAACACGUCUACUUUCAACGCCCUGAUUCAUGGCUUAUGCACCGAUGGGAAACUGAGUGAAGCGAUGUUGUUAGAGAAGAAGAUGGUGGAGAAGGGUCUGCAGAGUACAGUCAUCACAGAUACGAUCUUGAUUCAUAGAAUGCUGAAAGAAGGGGAUUUUGAUCAUGCUGAGAGACGUUUUCAGAAAAUGCUGGUGUCUGGAACAAAGCCUGACGCGCAUACUUACACAGCGUUUAUUCAAAGCUAUUGCAGCGCAGGGAGAAUGAAAGAAGCUGAGGGUAUGAUGGAGAAGAUGAAGGAAGACGGUGUUUUCCCGGAUUCGAUCACUUAUUCCUCUCUGAUUAAAGGCUAUGGCGAUCAAGGGCUGACGGAUUCCGCGUUUGGUGUCCUCAAGUGUAUGCUUGAUGCUGGUUGUGAGCCUUCUCAUCAUACGUUUUUGUCUCUGAUCAAACAUCUUGUAGAGAUGAAACAUGGAAAAGAGAACGAUCUCUGUCUGACGUCUAAUAUGAUUGAGUUUGACAUUGUUGUUGAGCUUCUUGAAAAAAUGGCAGAGCACGGCGUUACUCCCAACGCCAGAUCCUAUGAGAUGCUGAUCAAAGGGAUCUGCGAGACCGGGAAUCUCAAAGUUGCGGAAAAGGUGCUUGAUCGCAUGAUGCAACAGGAGGAAGGAAUCUCUCCGAGUGAGUCGAUGUUCAAUGCUCUUCUUAGCUGUUGCUGCAAGCUGGAGAUGUACAUGGAAGCAGCGAAGGUGGUGGAUGAUAUGAUCUGUGUUGGUCAGUUGCCGCAGCUAGAGUCUUGCAAAAGCUUGAUAUGUGGGCUGUAUAAAAACGGAGAAAACGAGAGAGGGGUUUGGGUUUUCAAGAGUUUGCUUCGGUGUGGUUAUUAUCAUGAUGAGCUAGCUUGGAAGAUCGUUGUUGAUGGUGUUGGGAAGCAGGGACUGGUGGAGGCGUUUAAUGAACUGUUCGCCGUUAUGGAGGAAAGUGGUUGCAAGUUUAGCUCUCAUACGUAUGCACUGCUAACUGGAGGACCUCCUGAUAGCACGUAAGGGGUAUAUUGCCAGAGGCUAGUGCAACUUUUUUGGGGAUGUAAAACCAGAUAGCCUCGCUUUGCUGCUACAGAUUAUACAAUAAGGGGGUCAAAGCAUGAUCCAGGCUUUCUUCCCGAACUUCAGACACAACUCUGGAGUGAACGUACAGUGAAAGGCUCAUUGGAAGUGAAAGUCGUUUUCUCUUUAUUUUAUAAAUUGGCCUUUCUGCAUGGAGAGAAGGCAUUAACACAGGACAAACCCUCGAAGCAGCUUUGACAAUCACGAUUCUUUUGACAAAAUCCGACAUUGUUUACUUCUGUUGCAGCUGUUGAACCAUUUGAUUCUGCAGGGUAGGUAUAUCAAGGAGAUGAAAAAAAAAGACCAAUGUAUGCUUUGUUGUUUGAAGACAUCCAAGGAUGUAGGAGGAUGUCGUGUCUGAUGUCCAUUCUUUUUUUUAACUCAAUAGUAAAAGUGUACUUUUCUUUUGGUUUUCAUUGAAUGUAAAACGUAUUUGAGCCGCAACAAAGAGCAAAUACUA